CAGUGAAGAAAGAUGGCUUCCAUUAAACGACUGCUUUAUGACACACUGGAUGACCUGGAAAAAGACCAUUUCAAGAGAUUUAAGAGCUUCUUAAGAGAACAUGGACCUAUUCCUGCUUCUGUAUUGGAGAAGGCUGAGGCAACAGACACAGUGAAUCAGAUGCUGGAUCGUUUUGGAUCAGAAAGAGCUGUGAAGAUCACACUUGAUAUCCUGAAAAAGAUUAACCAGAACAAUCUUGCUGAACAGUUAGAGAACAAACACAAGGAAGCCUUUUUUACGGAGGAUUUAAUGCUGCAGAAAUGCUUGCAAAUUCACAAAACCAACAUGAAGAAGAAUGCAAAGUGUAUUUUUGAGGGCAACAAAGACAUUGACACAGAUCUCGAGACUGUUUACACAGAGCUGUUCAUUACAGAGGGAGAUAUGGAAGAUGUCAAUCAUGAACAUGAGAUUAUGAAGAUUGAUGAAGCUUUCAAGAACAGAAAAACACAGGACAAACAAUUCAAAUGCAAUGAUAUAUUUACUGAACUGAGGAAAAAUAAAGAGGAGAAGAUUGUGCUGACCAAGGGAGUUGCUGGCAUCGGAAAAACUGUCUCUGUGCACAAGUUCAUCCUGGACUGGGCAGAAGGAAACACCAAUCAGGAUAUAGACUGUGUGUUCCUGCUUCCAUUCAGAGAGAUCAACGUUAUUAAAGAUAAAGAGAUCAGUCUCCAUGAGUUUCUGCUGAAAUUUUAUCCUGAAUUGAAGGACCUGGAGAAAUCAAAGUUAUAUAAGGAAUGUAAACUAACGUUUAUAUUUGAUGGACUUGAUGAGAGUCGACUGCCGUUGAACUUUAAAAGCGACACACUGGACACUGUUGAGGAAAGAGCAUCUACAGAUGUGCUGUUUACAAGUCUGGUCAAAGGUAAGCUGCUUCCAUCAGCUCUUGUCUGGGUGACCUCACGACCAGCAGCAGCCAAUCAGAUCCCUCGUCGGUAUGUGGGUUUGUUCACAGAGGUGCGAGGAUUCACUGACCAACAAAAGGAGGAGUACUUCAAAAAGAGAAUCACAGAUGAGACUCAAGCCUCCAGAAUCAUCUCACACAUUAAGACAUCUCGUAGUCUCUACAUCAUGUGCCACAUUCCUGUGUUCUGCUGGAUCACAGCCACAGUACUUCAGGAUAUUCUCAUCAAGAACAAUACAGAGAACAUAAGCACAACACUCACUGAAAUGUAUAUUCACUUCCUGCGGAUACAGAUGGACAUGAAGAAUCAGAAGUAUGAUGAACAAGAAAGAGAACAUUCAGAGCACUUAAAAAUAAAUAGAGAGCUGAUUUUGAAGUUAGCCAAGCUAGCAUUUGAACAGCUGAAGAAGGAAAACAUUGUGUUCUAUGAGAAGGAUCUGAAAGAAUGUGGUAUUGAUGUGAGUAAAGACACUGAGUUCACAGGAAUGAUCGCUGAGAUUUUUAAGAUGGAAGAUGGACUUUAUAAGACAAAGGUUUUCUGCUUUGUGCAUCUGAGUGUUCAGGAGUUUCUUGCUGCAGUGCAUGUGUUCAUCUGCUACCUGAACAAGAACAGACAAGAGCUUCAGUUUUUCUUUGAAGAUUCACAAAAUACAGCCUGGCAAAAGCUUCCGUUCUUCUCAAGAAAUUUCAAAUUUCAUGACUUAACAAAGUGGGCCACUGAUAAAGCAAUGCAGAGUAAGAGAGGACAUCUGGACCUGUUCCUGAGGUUUCUGAUGGGAAUUUCACUGGAAUCCAGUCAGAACCUGCUCAAAGAUCUGAUCACACACACUAGAGACACCAGUGAGAGCAUUAGACAAACAACUGAAUACAUUAAAGAAUUACUGAAACAGGACAUCUCAGAUGAAACUUCAGUCAACCUAUUCUACUGCUUACUUGAGCUGAAAGAUAAUUCAUUAUAUGAGGAAAUCCAGAGUUACAUCAGUUCAGAUGAACAUCCAGGAAGAGACCUCUCAUCUUCAAUGUGCACAGUGUUGACCUACAUACUGCUGAUGUCAGAGAAGGUGCUGGAUGAGUUCAGUCCAAAGAGGUACACGUCACCUUCAAACUACAAGAGACUCAUCCCAGCUGUGAGAUGCUGCAGAAAAGCCCUAUUUGACGGCUGUGAUCUUAAUGUAACAUGCUGCAAUACUGUGUCUUCUGCUCUACAAUCGUCAAACUCUCAUCUGACGGAGCUGGACCUGAGUAACAAUCAGCUGCAGGAUUCAGGAGUGAAGCUGCUUUCUGAGGGACUGAAGAGUUCAAACUGUCAACUGAACAUACUGAGAUUGUCCUUAUGUAGUCUCACUGCUCAGUCUUGUGAGAGUUUGUCAUCAGUUUUACAAUCAUCAAGCACCUUUCUGAGAGAGCUGGACCUGAGUAACAAUGAUCUGCAGGAUUCUGGAGUGAAGCUUCUUUCUGAUGGACUCAAGAGUCCAAGCUCUAAGCUGGAGAUACUGAGGUUGUCUGGCUGUAUGGUGACAGAGGAAGGAUUUUCUUAUGUGUCUUCAGCUCUGACUUCACACCCCUCACAUUUGAGAGAGCUGGAUCUAAGCUAUAAUCACCCUGGAGAUUCAGGAAUCAAGCAGCUCUCUGAAAAACUGGACAAAUUCAACCACACCCUAGCAACCAUGUUUUUUAAUCAUGGAGGAGAAUCCAGGAUUACAGCAGGACUAAACAAAUAUGCCUUUUUUCUCACACUGGAUCCAAACACAGCAAGCACUGAUCUCAUUCUGUCUGAGGAGAACAGAAAGGUGGCACGUGUGAGAGAGAAACAGUCAUAUCCUGAUCAUCCAGACAGAUUUAAUAAGUUUCAUCAGGUGUUGUGUAGAGAGUGUGUGCGUGGACGCUGUUACUGGGAGAUUGAGUGGAGUGGAGAUUAUGCUGUGUUUAUAUCAGUGUCAUAUAAGAGCAUCAACAGUAAGGGAGAUGAGGAGUGUCUGUUUGGAAGUAAUGAUCAGUCCUGGAGUUUGAUCUGCUUUCCUGACAGUUACUCAUUCACUCACAAUAACAUAGAGACUGAUCUCAUUGUAGAGUCUAUCAUCAGGAGAAUAGGAGUGUUUGUGGAUGAAAGUGCAGGAACUCUGUCCUUCUACAGCGUCUCUGAAACAAUGAGCCUCAUCCACACAGUCCAGACCACAUUCACUCAGCCGCUCUAUCCUGGGUUUGGUUUUUUUUCUUAUGGAUCAUCAGUGAAACUGUGUUGACGAAUCAGAAGAGAU